AUGACGGUAAAGAACGGUAUUCAGGACAUCACGGUCGGCGUGCUUGCCCUCCAAGGCGCUUUCAGCGAACACAUCCAACUCCUCCGCGCAGCAUCCUCGAACAUCCCCUCGUCGCAAACCUUCCACUUCAUUGAGGUCCGCACACCAGCCCAGCUCGCACAAUGCGACGGCCUCAUCAUCCCCGGUGGUGAAAGCACAACAAUGUCACUCGUAGCCGCACGAAGCGCCCUCCUCGAGCCCCUCCGCGACUUCGUCAAAGUGCAGCGCAAGCCAACGUGGGGUACAUGCGCUGGCCUGAUUCUACUAGCAGAGAGUGCCAAUAGAACUAAGAAGGGAGGCCAGGACUUAAUUGGAGGUCUAGACGUGCGGGUAAACAGGAAUCAUUUCGGGCGGCAAACCGAGAGUUUCCAGGCAAACCUCCAGCUGCCCUUCCUGAAAUCGACGAGCGAAUCGAACAGGACCGAUCCAUACCGAUGCGUCUUCAUUCGCGCGCCUGUCGUAGAGAAGCUAUUACCGAGCAAGAAGGCAGUGGGCAUACAAGAAGGGGAGAGCGAGAGGGACGAUACAAUUGUUGCGCCGAGUAAGACGCCAGCGGAUGAUCUUGCGAGGAAGGAGUUGGAAAGCGAGGUUGAGGUCAUGGCUACGCUGUCGACCAAUGCGAAGCCUUUGCAGGAGAACCAGGUACAUGACCAUCCGGGUGCGGAGGAUAUAAUAGCUGUACGACAGGGCAAUGUGUUUGGGUGCAGUUUCCAUCCUGAACUGACGGAUGACCCACGGAUACAUGCCUGGUGGUUGGGAGAGGUUGUAAAGGCCGUGGAGAGGCGACAGCAGUUUGAACUUGCGGACCGGACUAGAUGA